CACUUUUCCCGAUUUCCAUAUCACUUUUUCCGAUGCUUCACCACAAAGAUUCCGACAACAUUGACAAUUUUCCGACGGGUCUCAACUUGAAGCUAUAUAAUCAAGGAUUCCCUUUUUUAUUGCUGCGUAGCGAGCGAGCCUGAAGCGAGCGAGCGUAGCAGCGUUCUAAUAUGUGCAGAGAGGGGGUUUUGAAGUAAAUUUUAGUUAGCCAAUUGUAUUGUGGUCGACAUACAAUAUUUGAGGCGUAUUUGAAGGAUAUCGUUUAAGUGAACAUAACAAAUCCUACAAGGUGAUUGGUCAAAUUUGACGUGAAUAUAACAGGUGAAUAUAACAAAAUCGAAAUUUUCAAAAUGGCGGCUAGCCGUUUUGUUCAGGUUAGUGAUAAAGAAAUAAGCGAAAUUAAAAUGAAUUCAGACAAGAAAAACACAAAAAAACUUGUGCAAAACUACUAAAACAAUUAUUCGCCUCAGCCCUCAGGCUCGGCGAUUAUCGGGGAAUAUUCACCUCGACUUCGUCUCGGCGAAUAUUCCCCGAUAAUCACCUCGCCUUCGGCGAAUAAUUGUUAAUUGUUUUGCUUGCUUCGACUUGUAAAUUAUUUUGACUCAGGCACUCGGCGUAAGGUUUAGUAAAGUUUUAAGCCCUGUAAAGGCCAUAAUUUAGUGUAUAAAAUAACGUGACUGCACUUCGUGCGUUGUUCACUCAAUGGACUUUGACCACUGUAAGUUCUAUAUUUUAAUUUAUUAUAAAGUUUUGGUUUCUUAGUUUAAUACUGUGUAUACAAUGUAGUAAAUGCGCCUAGCAGUAUUAGACUUAAUAAUAUGAAAUCAGAUAGCAAAAACUUGUGUUAUAUAAUUUAACUGUACGUCUUAAUAAGAAUGCUUUGUCGUUUGUAUUUAUACGCGUACUAAAGCAGCGCGUAUUAAAUUCAACAAAUUCCACUUGAUCUUGAAAAUAUUACAUAUUCUUGCUUAUGAUUUAGUGAAUAUUACUUCCAUAAACAUUAACAUUAACACGCCUAUCUGUAAUCUGUGAUUGCUCUUGAACCCGUGCAUGGUCUUUGCCAUUGGCCAUUGCUUUUUCUCAGAAGACACUCAUGGCAUGAAUCGAUUCCGUAUUCCUUAAGCACCGACCACAGUGCUCACAAGUCGCCGGCUCGCUGCGAGUAAUAACUGCAUGCUUUAUGUAAUUUGUACUAUUUUUAGUUCUAUUUGCUCUUGAUGCCCGCAACAAUCCCUACCUUGCAGGUACCCUUACCAGUACAAUACAUUUUAUCAGGGGGGGGGGGGAAAUUUUGCCACGGGUGGCCAAAAUUUUUGGCCCUCCGGCCCCAGCCCUGGCUACGCCUCUGGGUCGUUAGGGUUAGCUAGGAAUGGGGUAGUAUAUGAUUGGGGUCAAUAACAAAGAAAAAUAUAUUUGUGUCUUAAUCAUAUAGAAUUAGAGAGCAAAUGAUUGGCUAAUGAGGAGGGCAUUUUUUCUUAAUUCAGGGCAAAAUUACUUGUACCUGAUUGGCUGAGACGCAAGCUUGGAAAGUUUAUUUUUUAAAUAGCAAUAAAAACAUGGCUUCUCGCUUUGUCGUCGAGGAUAAUGAUGUUAUUGAAGAAUUAAAAAGUUCUAGUGAAAACUUAAACACAAGAAAAGUACAAAUUUAUUGGUUGGAGUAUUUAGAAAUUGGCAGGCAGGGCAGCAUUAAGAAACAACGGCGAAAAGGCGAAGACAUGGAGACAUACGAGGUUCAAGAACUUGACAAGUUCACAAUUAACUUACGAAUAAAUUUUGCCCUCUAGGCCGAUUAACAAGUAAUCGCAUAGUUCCUCGAAAAAUUAAGGUUUAAUUUCGCUUGUGUUUUCAAAGUUUUACAAAUUGCCCUCGUCGCUUCGCGACUUUACUAUGAAAUUAAAACUGUUUGGGGUAACUUUAAUGUUCCUGGUUAAAUUUCCUGGUUAAUUUAACCACAGUUGUGGCGUCGGUGGCGUAGAGAUAAUAGUCUAGGCUAAGUAAGUAAGUAAUUAGGUAAGGAUAAUACUUGAUGUAAAUUUAGUUGUAUAGAAAUCGUAAUCGUAGUCUUAGCCAGGUUAAUUUGAUCCCAGUCUUGACUAGUUUAACCAGGAUUUCUGGUUAGUUUAACCAGGCUAUAUGGUUGAAUUAACCAGAUUAUGUUAGGUGAACUAUAUAUUAACCACGAAUUCCUCAAUAAUGAGUCGCAUGAUUCUAUUAUAAAAGAACUUCUAAGCAGUCAGUAAGUUAGUAACUGUAAGAGUAUAUAUAUAUUUAUUAUAUGGAAAAUGGUGUUUUACUGGAAACUAUAACACUCGUAGAACUCAUACGUCACUACAUCCGGGGCCAUGCAGAUGCGCGUAUUUUCCGUAUUUCACCCCCUGUUCCCCUUUCACCCCCUGCUAGUGACAUACGAAGUUCUGAAAAUUUCCCGCCAUUUUCAUUGUUGUUUUGAAAAUACAAAUGGUCUUUGGUUCGUAUAUAAAACGAAAUUAACGUUCGAAAUAAAACGAAAACAUUUAAAAGACAUCUUGAGAUAAGUAAAAUUUAUUCUAGUUUUAUAAACGCAUGCACUAUAAUUUUAAAAAAUAUCGCUUUUAUACUGGUCUUUCAAUUCGCGUGCUUAUUUACAUGUCGUCUUUGUGUGUAUUUUUGUCACUCCGAGUAAGUCCAUAUAAUAAACAGAACAUUAAACGGUUGCGAGAAGAUAUGGAUUUAUGUUCUCGUGUCAAAAACAAUAGAGAGGUUAAGAUACCCCGGUUUCGGUGUACGGGUACGAGUAGUGUCAUCUUGCCACUCGAACAUAAAAUCCAUAUCUCUUCGCAACCGUCUAAUAUCCUAUAUAUACUGUAGUAAUAAAUGUUAUAUAUGCUACUUGUAGCUAGAAGUGAUUGUGACAAGGAUAAUGUACUGAGAUUGUUCAUUGUUUGACAUAUCUUAAAUUUUAGGCACAAUUCCGCUUGGUUAUAGGUAUGAGGCGAUGCGUCAAAGUAAGAGUUUUUAUUUGUGUAUCUCAAAAUGAAAUAAUUACGGUUGUUAUAGUGUAUUUUAAUUAAACACAAACACUCCGUAAAUUCAUAUAAUUUUAAUCCUUUAAUUCGACUAUUACUAUAGUUUACAGCCAUCUUCAGGAGAAUGCAACGUUUUCAAAAAAGCCAACUAUUUAUAAAUUCGCUGCUCGCGAGUUGCACAGUCUACUAACGUCACAGAAUAGAGACUUACAAAAGUCUGAAUCCAUGUCGACGACUUUGAUGUCAGCGUAACCGGCCGCCAUUUUCGUAGCCAAAACCGAAGAUGGUCCAUAAAUUCUCAACGACCUCAACUCAUAUCACCCACAACAAUCUACUGAACCCAUACCGGGUAUUCAUGCACAUAAUUCUACCUACACACCCUGGUCAAGGAAAAUAGCAUAGAUUCGUGCUCUCGACCAACACAUGCUACAAAGAUCUCCAGGAAUAAAGCUUAUAAAUAGUUGGCUUUUUUGAAAAUAGGCAGAUGAAUAUUGUUUUGUAUUUAAUUAAAAUGAAAUAACACAUCUUUACCUGUGUAUUAUUCUCAUGGUUAGUUUUAUCAAAAUUAAGGAAUGAACCUUUGUACAUGAAGAGACAUUGAACCUUUUCAUUUUAAACAAGAAAUUUAAUUGAAGUAAAAACGGAGUGAUUUUUUCUCUGAAGGCGAAGCAACGCAUCAAAUCCCUCCUGAAGGCCUUUCGACAGAGACAUAUCAACAAAUUUAUGAAGAUGUCUUGGCGUUUGUCAAUCCAAGAAAACUCAAUACCUAUCCCCCUGUGUAUUGCAAGGUUAGUGUUUUCAAAAUUUAUAGUCUGUAGAAGUGGAUGAUAUGCGAGGAACUUGUACAGAAUGGUUAAUUGAAUCAUUACAGUACUUGGUCGGAAACUCUUGCUUUUCUUUGUGUAAUUGUCUUCACAAUCUUACAUGAAAUGUAUCGUAUCCAUGACUUCCCAUUUAUAAAUUAUACAUCUAACUCUUUGAUAUGUUUAUACUUGUGCAGGCUUCUGAGACGAAAUUGACUGAAUUUUCACUUGACUGGCUUGCGACGCGUGCAGGUACGUUGCAACUGACAAUAUGUUUUGUUUUUUAUGAAAUUAGACGUCUACAAUAAAUAGACCCAGUUUGCAUUAUACGAAAAAGUUGACAACUUUAAUAUAUGCAUUUUUCCAAACCAAAAAGAUAUGUUAGUGUUAUAUAUUUUAUCGCAAAGUGAACAUAAGUAUACGGAUAUUUACAGUAUGUACAAUUUUAGACCUAACUGGGAGUGCCUUCGAAAAAUGCAAAUUUGGUCUCUCUGGCAGGAAUCAAACCUGCAGCUGCGCGAUUCUGAGCACGGUGAUACGAUAAUUCAAAAUUUUUAGUCGUACCUGACUGGUACGCCAAUGCAUGGUUGUUGCCGCGUACUUGCAUAAACUCAGUACUCAAUGUGCACUUAUAGUCAUUAAAAUAAGGUUCAUAAAGUACAGGUUCCUUUAUUAUUAUUAUUAUUAUUAUUUUCCCCUAUAUGUACAGAUUUUAAUAAUUACAAAACAACUUUCUUCUAAUGAUAUUGGGCUAGGGACCUACUAGAAACCUUAAGUUUACAGGCUUUUUUGUUUAGGCCCCUAGUUGUAGUUGUGGUUCAUAAUGAGGUUAAUUAAUAUAUUUACAGUUAAAGAUAAUGAAAAAAGUAAUUUUUAGAAUAUAUGCUAUUUAGAAAAGAAGGAUGAUAAAGCAGGAGUACUAAAUAAAAGAGUUAUGUUAAAAUAUCAAUAAAAUAUGCAUUUCUCGUGUAUCUCAUGGAUCUGAUUAUUUGUUACAAAAUAAUUUUCAAAAACUUCUGGUAGAUUCUUAAGAUGGUGGUAACGAAACAUGAACAUGCAUGGCAAUUAAAUAAUCAUUUAUUUUGAAAAUAUCUAGGAUGCCUAAUUCUUUGAAAAUAGGCUCAGUAUGUUCCAAAUACGAUUUAAAUGUCAUCAAUCGAACAAUUUUUUUCUGUAUAUUCAUUAUUUUUUGUAUUCGGGUUUUGUAGGUAUUACCCCAAAUCAAGUUGCCGUAGAUAAGAUAUGGAUAGAUUAAUGCAUAGUAAAUUAAUUUUCCUGUAUUUCGGGUUACAGAAUGUCUAAUUUUUGCUAUUAUGCCCGAAGCUCUUAUAAUUUUUUUUGCCACCUGAAUGUUCAGAUUACGAGUUAUAGAAAAGGAAGCACAAUUGCAUAUACAGCUAUUUCAAUUAAGGUUGUCCCCCGAGUAAAGCGGAAAAGUCGAAUACGAGCGCGAAAGGCUGCUGGGAAUCGCUAAUAAAUGAAUGCUUAAUUGAAAUAGCUGCAUGUCUACGCACAUACAAACAAUCGACUCCAAUCGUUUUUAGUUCCAUGUUGCAUGUCAUCAAGGCAUCUCAGACACAUUAUAUACAAACUAAAUUACAGUAUUGAAUACCCUGGGCUUGGAAAGGUCAUGUGGUACCAGCAAAAAGUAAGUACGUAGGUAGCACGAGUUCCGCGUACCUAUACAGUACGUGGUACGUGGCUGAAAACAAAGACGUACCAGACCGUAAUAUUGGCGUACCUCCGGGUACGUAAGUACGCGAAUUAUCGCACCUUGCCGAGCGUUGUAUAGGAGUUCUUGUAUAUAUUGGUUAGACGCUGCAUGCACUGGAAUCGCAGGGCCGCAGGUUCCAUCCUUGAUGGAGGGCCUAAAGUUGCAUUUUUCGCAGCUGCAUGGUUCCAGGUCUAAAAUCGUAUAUAAAUCUUCGUUCGAAACUGCCAUCUACAUAUAUCUUAUCUACAUUCAGUUAUAUCGAACGAGAUGUCCAAAAACCUUGAUAUACUGUAGGAACACAAAUACAAAAAAUUCCUAUUGUACAUAAAGGGUUUGACAAUAUUUUUGGAGAGAAAAUUGGUACCCUUCUGUUAGUUUUCGUACUUACUGCACAUUUUCUUAAAUUUUCAUAGGAAGUUCGAACAAGAUCAAAAAGGUUUAUGAACUUGAAGGCUUAAUUUCUGAUCUUUUCGCUGAAUCAAGAGAUGCCGAGUCCAGAAUGGUUCCUUCCAAACAUCAAGCUAUGGAACUCCUAUCAACCACAGUUUUUGAUUACGAGUCAGGAGCAAGGUUUGUAAGGAAUAAUUUAUUUUCAAAAAUAUUUUCUCACUAUGUAUUACAGUACUACAGGUACAUAUAGCUAAUUUUACUCAGGACCGUACAAUUUUGCGAAGUGUUCGCCACUAAAUACUGUACUUCAUUAGUGAUCCCAUUUGUCCAUGGUCCGCUAUUUUCUACGCCUUAGGCAGACGUAUGGUAAUUUUCGUGCUUUCAUCAAUGUUAAUAUUUAUGACCAUCAUUCGCUGUCUAUAGUUACGCUUACAGAAGCCCACUAAUAAAAUGACUAUACUUUCAGAAAUGCUGGUACUUUGAAAUUUUUAUUAUAUGCAAAUAAAAUUAAAAUUUUUUCAAUGUCACGUAUUUGCAAUGAAAAGUGUUCAAAACCUAAAAUCUUUUUGGCGUUCCUCUCAGAAUCACUUUGUUUUUGCUUUAUUCUCUAGUUUAUACAGUUAGCUACCUUUUUAAAUGCAUCUGCCGGUUGAGAAACAUAAAAUAAUAGUUAAAUAUUGUCAAUUAAAAUACAAUUAUCAAUGAUGCUUUAAAAUUGACGCCAUAUUUAAGCCAUAUAUAAGCAAAACUUACUGAACUUCAGACAUAAUUUUCUCUUUGGCGUAUCAUCUAAAAUCUCUUCAUUUUAGCAUUAUUUUACAGAUAAAGCACUAAACAUACUUUCUAAGUUUGUUUGCCGAUUGAGAAACGUAUCGAAAAAUAAAAAUUUUGAAUUUAGUCAUAACCUCAAGUGGUACAUUAUACGCAUUAGUUUUGAGCGCGUGUUACGUAACAUACAAAAAAUCUCCUCUUAAAACAUAACUGGCAAUAUUCUAAGGUUAAAUUCUUUUGAAAUGUUAACAUGAUAGCCAUGCAGGGUACUUAGGCCACGGUAUACGCACAUUUAUUCUGUAUAUACAUUGUGUUAUAAAACAUGUACCGUAUUUCAGAUGCAAAUGGCACGAGGAAAGGGAAAUAAGAUUCUGUGCCUCUGGUACUGUCAAACGAUACUGGUUAGUAUAUAUCGUAUUUUAUUCCUUUCUUGUUUAACUUCUUUAACCAGCGCUCUUAUAAUUUCUGCGCUUUAUUACUAACCCAUAUUCGUCAACAGAGACUAUGACAAAUGAGAAAAUUAGAUCCGCGUAGCACUAACCAACUAGGGUAAACUGUGCAAACGCCAGUGUAAUAAUGUGUAUUCAAUCUUAAUUUGAAUUCUAGCUAUUGCCUAUCAGAUUUUCUUUGUGGAGCGUUUGGUAUUGAACAGACCUCCAAUCACCUUCCUGAACGACCUGAUGGAGACUCGUGUACAGUAAUAACACCUAGAACUGCCAACAGUAAUUCUAGACCAAGCAGUGCAAGAUCACAAGCGAGAAAGGACGACGAGGCAAAUAUGGAUUACCGUGGUUAUAGAAACAAUAACAAUUAUCAAUCUGGUAAGAUAUUUACAUUAAUUUGCAAAAACCCUUGAUUGAUCGCUGAACAACUGUGCAACAAAGCUGUGACAAUUAUUUUCCAACCUUGGUAGACUAUGGAUUAAGGUCGUCAUAUGAUGGCAAGGUCCCCAAUGAUGAAACGAGAGUACGAAAAACGAAAACCUAUAUUUUCUGUUGUAUAUAGGGGGGAGAAAGAAACAGUAUGCUAGACGUGGUCCAACGUAUGAUGAAGAAAGUCUAAAGUCAACUGACGUAGUUCCUCCACCAAGCAACACACCAAACGCAUUCCCUACUGGAUUACCAGCAUUUGGAAGAGGACGUGGUCGCGGUAGGGCAAUUCCUACUCAACCUUUAAGAAGACCAGCCAUGCCUGGUAUCGCAGGAGGAGAAGAACACAGGAAAGUUGAGAGUCAACCUUCAUCAAGUCAAGAUGAAUCCCCAUGGUCAGGUACACUAGGUGCAGGGCGUGGUCGAGGGGUACGCCCUCCUAAUACUGCGCCUAUGGGAUGGGCAGGUCCUGUAUCGGCACCAGAUCCAUCAGCUGCACCUCUCCCACCGUCAACCUGGCAACAAGGGAGGUUACCUACAGCAAAUAUGAACAUUGCAGGCAUGCCUUCUCUUGACUGGCCUUCGCUUGGUGCAAGUUCGAAUCAAGCAAGCACAAACCUACAUAAUGAUUUCCAAAGUUUCUCACUUUUUGACAAAGACGAAUAUGAUUACUGAAAUAUUCACCGUUUAUUGUACUUGGGCUAAAAGACUAAUGUUCUGGUUGCUUAAAUCUAAACUAAAGUAGCUGAGGUUGAAGUCAUUCAGUUCUUAAUUUCAUACAAUGAAGUUAACGCCAUUCAUUCAUUUAUUCAUUCCAGCUUUUUGCUUAAAAAAGUUUGGAAAUGUUAAUAAGGUAGCAAUAGCCAUAUCAUUAUUAUACUAACAGGGAUAUUACUUAGCUAGUUGAAUUUCUUCUUCGCACCCCCCCUCCCCCCCAUAAUUCAAGCAAUUGUUAUUUGUUAGCGGCAUGACGGGACUGUUACGAAAUCCACUGUGUUUGAAACGAGGCUCAAUCCAAGAUCAAUUGACUUCUGAACAACCUCCCCUGUACUACUAAAGUUCGUUUAGUUUAGAUUUGUGCUACAUAUUUCGGAGAUUUCUUUGGUUUACAUUAUAUAAGUUGUCGUGGACCGUUUGUUCACAUGGAUAUGUAGACAACUCAUGCAAGUUCUGUCGACAGCGAGGCGAUGAAGGCUUAGGAAAAAGUGAUUGUUAUUGGAUAUAAAGGUUGACAUUAAAGUACAAUUUUUUUCCUCCUGAACUGAAAGACGGUUUAUCCAAUUGUGCAGUCAAAAAAGGUUUUAUUAUGGCAUUGGUACAGUUUUCCGUUGCACAUCCGAACUCUGCAGUUGUCGCGAUAGCAUGUUAGCUCGUUGAGUUCAAUUUAUUUUAUUAAAUAGUGUAUACAUGAUGAUUGUUCCUAUCAGUAAAACACAUUAAUAAUUCAUGAA